UUCAAUUUUUUUCCAGGGGAACUUAUGUUCUAUUCUGGUCUGGAAUGUUUAUAGAAGUUUGAUUUGACAUUCUGUGUUUUCAAGGUUUCAGCCCAUCUGUGAGUGAAGCCAAUCAAGCUAGAUCCCAAGAACUCUUGUGGCAACUGGGGAGAGGAAACCCAACAAGCCAUGAACUCGAUCCUCAAAUCCCCAACAUCUUCUCUUCACUCAGAGAGCAAAGGCAACCACAUGAUGGCGAGAAAUGACAGCUGCUUCCUAGUCAGGCACACGCCUCAUCCCAGAAGAGUUUGCCACAUCAAAGGUUUGAACAACAUCCCAAUCUGCACUGUGAAUGACGAUGAGAUCCCACUUAGAAUGCUGGCUAGCACUGGCCAGUUGAACUACUUAGAGAAGAAUGAGACACCUUUAACCAAAUUCAGUAAUCCGCCCAGCACUGCAGCCCUGGAGAGCCCCACCCGAGGGCUGUCACCAGUCUGGAAUAAAGUUCCCUCAAGACCUCAGUCUGAGCCAUGUAGAAAUAUCAAUGAAUGCUUCAAAACUUCCUGCGACAAUCCCUUAGUGAUAAAGAAGGGUGAAUUUAAAGCCAAAAAGCCACUACUGCCUCCAAGGGUGGGCUCUGCGGCUGGUUCCAGGUACUCGGAGGUGAUGAGCACCAAGACGGAUGGGAAUGAAAACACUGUGUGCAUACCAAACUAUCUGGAGCAGGAGAUAAAGAUCCUGGCAAAGCUCAGUGACAUUUUACAUACUGAUUCCCUGGCCGAAGUUCUGCAGUGGCUGCUUCAUGCAAGCACCAAAGAAAAGGAGUGGGUAUCCGCUUUGGUUCAUUCUGAACUCUCUGACAUUAACCUGUUGACUCGCCAUGGAAGAAAUACCCCAGCAGAACCAGCAGCAGAGCCCAAGAAGCCAUCCAUAGCUGCAACACCCACCACAACCAAAUCAAUGCAAUGCUCACCUGCCAAACCGAAAGUGCUGACCAGAGCUAGAGAAGGACAUCAGCCCCCCAGAAUGUCAAGUCAAGGAUCCGAAGGCAAUAAGGCUGUAUCACAAGGAACUGAGACCCCAUUGUUUAUAAGAGGAAACAAGAUGAAAACACCUGUUACAGAAUAUUUCAGCAAACCAAAGACUCCUCUCAGGUCUAACACUCAGGACAGCAAAUCAACAAAACCAAUGUCAGCAAGGAGUGUGCAAGUGUACAGCCCUCAAAGGGCACUCUAUCCUUUAACACACCAAAGGUAGAAAUGGACACUGGCCAGUUCUUUCACAAAGAUGAGCUGAACACUGACAGAACAUCAAAAAUCCUUUUAAAAAUAACCAAACGGUCCUCUACAUGGUGGCACAUGUAAGUCUCAAAAACACAUGUACACAAUGCUAGAAAUAAAUAUUAAUGAAGACAUUAUUUCUAUUUGUAGUUAGUUUUAAUACACAUAAAAGAAAUAUGCUUAUUUAAAUGCAACUUUCUUUCCUGUACUAAUAGUAUUAGUACCUAAUAUAGAGCAGAUACCAGAAAGCCAUCCAUAAUCAGAAUUGAGCCCUGAAUCUAAAUCCAGAGUGGGGGAAAAUUGCUUGAGAAUUUUAA